AUGGAACAAGAGAUGAUAAGACCAUCGGUCAAAUCAUUGGUGAAGAAGCGCAAUGGUCACAUUCGAGGGUUUCAAUUCUUACUUGAUUCAAUGGCCAAGCAUCGUUUGGGCCCAUUCGCAGGGGGCGGAGCAGCUCGCAGCGCUACGACCAGCUACAUGGUUACAACAAAAACUUCGAUGAUCAAAAAGCCUGAGAACUAA